ACACACACUCUGGAUCAUCACUCUCAUGUUGCCCUAUCAGUAGCUGGCCAGCAGAACCUUUGUCGUCGCCAUGUCCUUGGAACCGUACACGACAUCCUUCGACGCUGCGGCUGUGCGCGAGCUUCGCAACCUGCUGCCGUGUCGAGUCUUCGUGCUUCCCGACGGACCCCCCGGGAAAGUCUUUGUCUCGCUAACGGCCUCGCACCGCAGCGUGGACCACUUCAUCGUUCAGCUCGUGCAGGGUGUGCUCACGCUGCGCACCACGCAUGGGCACCUCACAGGCCAAGUGCUCGUUCAAGUACAUGUGGACGAGGCGGCGUGGACAGCCACCAAAAUCACAAAUGCUGGCGGCGGCGAUCUCUGCAUGGACGGCGUGGCGCGCACAGCGCAAGGAGGCCAUUUGUGUCUGGUGCAGGACGGUCGUGGUGGCAUCUACAUGAAGACGCCUGAGCUGUCACUGACGCGCUUUGCAUGCCACGUUAGCGGUGGCGGCGCGAUUCAAGUUGACGCCGGCGCACUCGCACUGUGCUCCCUCGACUCGACCGUCUCGGGCCAUGGCAACAUCGCAGUCUACGCAGAAACCAUCAACACGACAUAUGCAAGCAGCCGCGUGCAAGGCGCCGGCGUCAUCAACCUCGGUGCACGAAAAGCGUGGCAGGCGACGUCCGUGCAAGCAACUGUCCAAGGCUCGGGCGUUGUGUGCUUCCGAGGCGAGGGCACCUGCGUCGUCGCCACCGCGACCGUCACGGGCAGCGGGCGCAUUCGAACCGACGCGCUGACCGCCCACGAGGUCGAUGCUUCAGUGUACGGUUCUGGAUUGAUUACAACGCAGGCUGUGCACGCGCUGCGCGCCAAGCCCGUCGGUCCCGGUAGCAUUUACUACACAAAGAUGCCGCCAGAAACGUGCCACGGACUCUGCUCGCACUUGCACAACCCGUCGUCGGUCAUCGUACCCGAGGCAGCGCCGCUUCCCGACCGUGUGCCCCACACGAUUGAUGUCGACACAUCAAGCUCGUGGGAGUGCCACGUUAUGUGA